CCGGGCCCCGCUCAUAGUGGGCGUGGCCUGGUGCUGCUCCUCAGGCCCUGGGACGUGGCGUCACCAUGGGCAGUAAGAUGGUGGCCGCCACUAGAGUCGUACAGGUAGUCAAGCCACAUACUCCAUUAAUAAAGUUCCCAGACAGAAAAAGUAGUCCCAGACCUAAAAUACUGGAAUCUCUACAAACAAGUAUGCCAUCUCUUGAUGCUUCAAAAGCACAGGAGUCUAUAGGAGGCAGAUCACCAGCAUUUCAAAAUAUUUCACCUGUUCAUAGAGUACAAGGUAUACCAGACACCUGUGAAUUAACAAGAACCUUACCUCAGAAAUACAGACGGAAACUAAUGUCAGAUGAAGAGAUUGAAUAUAUUCAACGUGGCGGUCCAGAAUAAAUAUGGAAGAUUAUUUGCCACUGUUGAAGAAUGAAGUAUUAUAGUCACAAUAAAGGCAUUUCCUUAAUACUAUGAAUAUAUAUUAAUAACUUUAAUAAAAACCCAUAUGAAGGGUGAGAA